AGGAGCCCCGGGCGAUGUACGAGCUCGGCAUGGCCCUGCUGAGCGGGAGCGGCACGGCGCGGGACGACCAGAAGGGCGCUUCGUGGAUCUCUGCCUCUGCCGGCAAGGGCCUCGCCGACGCCCAGUUCCAGAUGGGCACGCUGCUGCUCGGGGGCGUCGGCGUGGAGAAGAAGCCGGAGUGGGCAAUCUACUGGUUCACCCAGGCCGCCGAACAGGGCUCGGUGGAGGCGAUGUACAACCUGGGCCUAAUGCACGACACGGGCGAAGGCUGCGAAGUCAACAAGGAGUUGGCCAAGGGCUACCUCCAGCGGGCGGCAAACCUGGGCGACGAGGAGUCUGCCAAGGCACUCGAGAAGCUCUUCGGCUGAGCCGCCGCGCGCUGCGCGCGCGUGCUCGGCGCACCGCGCUGCGCGCCUUGCCGCGCGCUGUGCCGCACGCGCAGCUAUCGAGCGCCAGAUGCGGCGGUCGGUGCCGAGCCCGCGUCGUGCUCUCGGAGCGAGCGCGUGCCGAGCCCGAGUCGUGCUUUCGGAGCGAGCGCGCGCCCACGGAGCGCCAGCCCAGGGAGGAUCAGAGUCCCAA